CUCCUCGGCCGCCCUGGCUUCGGCCAUUGUCAAGGCGGAGGCCAGCGCCAGGUCCAGGUCGGCAACGACGGGCGGGUCUGCGUCCGCGGUGCAGCUGAGCGUGGCGGAGGCUGUGGCGCACCCCAUAGCAAACGCCAUAGCCGCGGCACUUUCCUACGUGUACGAAGACUCGGCGGUCGCGACCAGCGAGGGCACCGCCGACAGCAGGGUCGAGAAGGAUACCACGGCCACCACCGCGUCGGAGACCAAAGCCCACUCGGACCCCGGAAAGGCGUCCACAGCGGAGGCCGGCGGCAGCGCGGGGGCAGACGUCUUCGAGGUGGUUAGCGGUGGAGAUGUGGACCCCGUGGUCCAUGGUGGCGGCGAAGUGGACUCCGGGGUCCAUGGCAGCGGCGAAGGGGACCACGGUGUCAACGGCGGCUUCGGCAGUUACGGCAACUACGUGGGUCACGGAGGGGAUGGUGGAUACGGUGGAGUUUAUGGCGGAUACGUUGGAUACGGACAUGGGGUAUACGGUGGAUACGGAGUGUACGGAGACCACGGUGUGUAUGGGGUGCAUGGAAUAUACGGGGGCCAUGGGGACCACGAGGUGCACGGGGCCGGCGAGGGGGGGAGCCGCUGUGGGCUGCCCAAGUCGCUGAGACACCUGUGCCACAAAUAG